AUGAGGAAUCUGCUUAUCCAACACGGAUUACACAAGGUACUAGAUGUUGAUGCUAAAAAGUCUGAUACCAUGAAAGCUGAGGACUGGGCUGAUUUGGAUGAAAGGGAUCCCAGUGCAAUCAGGUUGCACUUAUUAGAUGAUGUGUUAAAUAAUAUCAUUGAUGAAGACAUUGCACGUGGAAUUUGGACAAGAGAUUGUCCAAAUCCAAGCAAGGGCAAAAGUGAAACCAGUGGCAAGAAGAAUGACAACAACACAACUGCCAUGGUGCAAAACAAUGAUAAUGUUGUCCUCUGUAUAAAUGAGGAAGAGAAAUGCAUGCACCUGUUAGGUCCAGAGUCGGAAUGGGUGGUUGAUACAACAACAUCUUACCAGGCUACACCAGAGCAGAGAACAAAGCUGGAUGAUAAAUUUGUUUCCUGCAUAUUCAUUGGAUAUGGAGAUGAAAAGUUCGGAUAUAGAUUGUGGGAUCUUGUAAAGAAGAAGGUCAUCAGAAGCAAAGAUGUAGUCUUCUCUACAUCCGAUAAAGUGAAGUUGGAACUGCUGCUGAUACGUCAGAGAAGGCGAAGACUGUCGAGGUUGCAAAAUUGUAUCACACUCUCAACAACUGGAGCGGAGUAUAUUGCCACUACUGAAUCUGGCAAAGAGAUGGUAUGGCUCAAGCGGUUUCUUCAAGAGCCGGAAUUGCAUCAAAAGGAGUAUGUCGUCUAUUGUGACAGAAAUAAAAGAGAUAUCAGAGUGAAGGCUGCCAUAGAUUGGCAUGCUUUAUCUUUUACUACUUCGCAAAGAAAUCAUCUGGUACAUACCUUUUGUUAUCAAAGAAGAGGAGAGCACCAGAAUAUUGAGUCUGUCCUCCGGCAGUAUGGAUCCCUAGCCCCUAAAGCAUAUAGCUAUUCAGACAUUAAGAAAAUGACAAAUUCACUUCAAGAGAAACUCGGACAAGAGGGUUAUGGAGGGGUCUACAAAGGUAGCCUUAAUGGCCGUCCCGUUGCUAUCAAGAUUCUAAAUGAGACUAAAGGGAAUGGGGAAGAAUUUAUCAAUGAAGUUGCAAGCAUCAGUCGAACUUCCCAUGUCAAUGUAGUUACUCUGUUGGGUUUUUGUUUUAAUUGCCGAGAAAGAGCUCUUGUUUACGAAUUCAUGCCCAAUGGAUCCCUUGAUAAACACAUCUAUGGUGAAGGUUCUAAGUUGGGAUGGGAAAAGUUGUUCGAAAUCGCGCUUGGGAUAGGUCGAGGACUGGAGUAUUUGCACCAAGGAUGCAAUGCACGAAUAUUGCAUUUUGACAUAAAACCUCACAAUAUCCUUCUGGAUGAGGACUUCUGCCCCAAGAUAUCUGAUUUUGGCCUAGCAAAAUUAUGCCUUCAGAAAGAAAGUAUGAUAUCAAUGUUGGAAGCUAGAGGAACCAUCGGUUACAUUGCUCCAGAAGUAUUCAGUAGAAAUUUCGGAAGUGUCUCACACAAAUCUGAUGUUUACAGCUACGGAAUGAUGGUUCUUGAAAUGGUUGGAGGAAGAAGGAAUUACAGCGCUGAAAGAAGCAAUCAUAGCGAAGUAUACUUCCCACGUUGGGCUUAUCAACGCCUUGUGACAGAUGAAGACAUAAAUAUACAAGGCAGCACGACCAAAGAAGAAAAGGAAAUUGCAAAGAAGAUGAUAUUAGUAGGAUUGUGGUGCAUCCAAACUGAUCCCUCGCAGAGACCACCAAUGAGUAAGGCAAUUGAAAUGCUGGAAGGUAGCUUAGAGGCCAUCCAAUUUCCACCGAAGCCUUUCAUCUGUUCUCCCUCAAGAUCGGAAGGAUCGACAAUAAUAUCUUUGGGGCAGCCAACGAAGCCCUUUAUAUAUUCUUCUACGGGUUCAGCACUUGAUUCUACAGCCUCAGCAAGUGAAGAAUGACACUUGAAUAGCAAAUGUUUGGACAAGACUUACUAAGACUCGUUGGAGAACAAAACAGAGAGAGAUGGAAUGUUGAAAUAGCCAUACACAACCAACUUUGAAAUGUUGAAAACUGAUAUCUAUGUCUUGCGCAAGCACCUGUAUAUUUCUCAACCUCUUAAGUGGUACUUCUUGAUAUAAAGGUAAGCUGAUAUUUUUAGGAUAGUUUCAGUCACAAGUAUAAUUUCUUAACAUUCAUAGAUAUUGUUGCAUAUGGCAUCAUGACAUCAUCCUUACAAAAUAUGUUUUGUGAUUGUUAUGAAAUUCUACUUUUACCAAACAAUAACAACAACUCAGUAUAAUCCCACAAGUGGUGUUUGGGGAGGAUAGAGUGUAUGCAAACCUUACUUGUGCCUUUAAGAAGACAGAGAAGUUGUUUCUGAAAGACCCUCGGCUCAGGAAGGAAAAAGAGGAACAAUUUUACAAUACGUUUUGUGAAAAUAGAAUUUCGUACCACAAGAACUGUAUAUUUAGACGGUGAUUUCAAUUUUUCACAAUCUACCACAUACAAACAGUCGACUAUUUCAGCAAC